CGGAAACAAACAAAACAAAUACAACAAGUCGCCUUAGCAACAAUAACUAUCAGAGAAUUGGAAAACCGGAUACCUGCACUUUGAAAUCCCAACCAAAGAAGGCUCGACCAUGUACACCAAGAAGCUGGAGCGGAUGCACCGCCCGGCCUCGGAUAUCACCAAGUACGACAAUGAGCCGUACAUGAAGAACCCCCUGCUGAAGUUCCGCAUCAGCGAGGUUCACGAGCGCCGGCACUAUCAGUUCCUUAAGCAAAAGGCGGCGGAUGUCAAGGUGCGGGUCGCCCGCCAGCAGUGGCAGCCGGAGCCGGAUAUGCGCCUCCUGCCCCAAUCCCAUUACGAGGACAAUCUACGUCGCGAGGUGAGGAAGAUUGUGGUGCCGCCCAUGCUGCGCCGCACGGAGGCCAAGAUUCUAAGCUUUGCCUCGGAGCGCCUGAAGAACAAGUAUCCGGAGCUGGUGCAGGCCUACAUGCACGACGUCCACGAGGAGUUCAACCGACUUAUGAAGGUCUAUAGCAUGAAGAACAUCCUGCGCCAUCCGGAGUUCUCCGACGAGGAUCCGGCUCAGUUCGAACUGCCCCGCCCAGACAUCGGGUUUCGGCGACCAGGUCGCACACAGAACUACAGCAACUUCCUGGAGAACCGACGUCGCAUAGCCCAGAAGCUACUGAUCCUGCAGCUUCCGCUGAGAGCCAUCCUCAACAUAUCGGUCGGAGAACUGCCAAACUUGGCCUGCAUCUUUAACUACGUGCUGGCCACCGGCGCCAUGCAGCAACAGUUGGGACUGGGCGGACGGGAGGCGCUCUCCUACAAGUUCUACCGCAAGUACAUCCAGAACCAACUGGACAAGGUAAACACCUUUCUGAGGUGGACCUGGUACCCAAAGAUUGUGCUGGUGCUGCGCAAGCUGCUGCGCAAGCGGGUAAUGCCGAUGAGCACGUGGAAGCGGUCCUGGAAUGCCUUGGAAGCUCUGAUGAACCGCGAGAUGACCAACAUGAAAAUCCGGACCUUCGAGGAAAUGAACCGGAUGUGCAGUCACCCGCGCACAAUGCCCAUGAUGACCAUGUCCCUGGAGUGGUCCGAGUUCUCCAGUGAUCUGGACACGCGGCCCAAUGUCUGGUCCAUCUUGCGCACCUUCGCCGAGAUCGCGACUGAGAUCUCGAUGGUGGGCUACCGCAUGGAGCCACUGCAGCCGCAGGUGCAGACACUCACAUCGAUGGCCGCUUAUGCGAAGGUGAACGAUUACCUGAAGAUCGAGAUGAAUGAUAACUAUCUAAAGGACGUGAUAGACAAAGUUCAGAAUAUUAUCCUGCGCACGUACCAGGAGGUAACUCAGUACAUCGAGGGCUUCCGGGACAAGUACUAUGCGCUGUACUCCUGGCAGGAGCGAGACGCCCUCAACCACUUUCUGUCCGAACCGCACGAGUUCGAGGAGUAUUUUGCCCGGAUCGACAUGUACUACGGAUUCAUUCAAAUGCUGCGGAGCGAGCCCGCAACCGAAUACUUCGUGAUGGCCGUAAUACACAACGAGCCGGCCAUACUUGGGCUCCGCACCCUGGCCGAGAAUCUGAUUCACGAGAUCACCACGAUCAUCAUUCGGGAGCACAUCAAGGCAGAGGUGGAGAUAUGCGACGAGUUCGAGAAGAUUAAGUACCGGGCGCUGGAGAUCCCGAAAUCAACGGAGGAGCUGCUCGAGAGUGCGGAUUACAUGAUCCACGUGAAGAAGGACAAGAUCGCCGAGUUGACCGACCGCAUCCAAUACUGCCUGCAAGUCGGCACCAAUAUCGUGGAGCUCACUGAAAUGUCCAAGUACCACUUUGACCUGACCAUCAAGACCAUCAAUUGGAUCAAGGACAUCAACGACAUCUGCGACUAUAACGCCUCGCAGCAGGAGCAGUUCAAGUUCACUUUCGAGGAGCACCUGCAGGAGGUCAUCAAGAAGCUGAACUCCGACAUAGAGGAGCUGCUGCCCAAGCUGGCCGUCAUUGAUGACAUGAGUCGACCGGACAAGUUCCGCGAUAGCUAUAUCAUUUUGCAAAACUUUAUAGACCAGCUGAAGACCUUCGACGACUACGUGGCGUGGAUCAACAAGGAAGAGAAGCUCUUCAAGAUCGCCCUGACCGAGUAUCCCACACUGGAGGUCAUCAAAACGUUUGUCUACCCCUUUGCCGAGCUUAUGAAAUGCUGCAUAGAGUGGCAGCGUUACUUGAGCGUUUGGAACGACGGGCCCUUCGAGUACCUGGAACCACAGUUUGUGGAGAGAACCACAGACGACUACCUCAAGGAGUUCCAGAAGAACCAAAAGUACUACAGGGUCAAGAUCAAGCAGGAUCUUAUCGACAAUCCCGUGUGCAAAUUCAAGGGUCAAACUGAAGAUCCAGAUCCGGCCAAACACCCAGUGCCCCUGCGACUGUGCACCUCGAUGAUACAGUCGAUCAAAGACUUCACCACUGGCGUGUUUAUAGUGAACACAAUGUGUAAUCCCGCCCUGCGCAAGCGCCACUGGAAGGAGAUGUCCGAGAUUGCAGGAUUUGACGUGACACCCGAUGCGGGCACCACUCUGCGCAAGAUUCUCAACUCUGGCCUGGACCCGAUCCUCGACCAGUUCGAAAUCAUCAGCAUCGGAGCAAACAAGGAACUACAGCUGUGGAACGCCCUGCAGGCCAUGAUCAAGGAGUGGGAGACCAGGGUGUUUCCCUAUGGUCCCUACAAGGAGACGGGCGUACAGAUCCUCAACAGCUUGGACGACAUUCAAGCCCUGCUGGAUGACCACAUUCUCAAGACGCUCGUCAUGCGGGGCUCGGCAUUCAUGAAGCCCUGCGAGGAGGAGGUGCGGGCGUGGUAUGAGAAGAUCAUGCGCGUGAAUGAAACACUGGACCAGUGGGGCAAGGUGCAGGCGAACUAUCUGUACCUUCUGCCCAUCUUCUCAUCAAAGGACAUCGUGGCCCAGAUGCCGGAGGAGGGUCGCCUCUUCGUCAUCGUGGAGCAGACAUAUACGAGGAACAUGGGCCUGGUCCUCCGACAGCCGCUGGUGAUGGAAACAGCGCCAGUUUCGGGUCUGCUGGAGUCCCUGCAGAAGGCAAACGAGUUGCUGGAGGACAUAGCCACCGGAGUGAGUAACUAUCUGGAGAAGAAGCGCCUGUACUUCCCGCGCUUCUUCUUUCUGGCCAACGACGAAAUGCUGGAGAUUCUCUCGGAGACAAAGGAUCCGCUCCGCGUGCUUCCCCACUUGAGCAAGUGCUUCGAGGGCAUCAACAGCCUGGAGUUCGAUGCGGCCAAGAACGUGCUGGCCAUGAUCAGUAGUGACAAGGAAUCAAUUGAGUUCAUAGAGCAGGUUUCCACAGCGGCGGCCGGCGGAAGUGUGGAGAAGUGGCUCAUCGGCGUGGAGGAUGAAAUGCUCAAGGCAGUGCGUUACCAGAACGAGCUAUCCUUUGCCCACUAUCCAAAGGUAAAGCGGCACGAGUGGGUUCUGGAGUGGCCCCAGAUGACGGUGCUGGCCAUCUCGCAGGUGUACUGGGCAGCCCGUGUCCACGGAUGCCUGCGCCGCACGUUUGGCGGGAACAUGACCAUUAUGCUGAACUUCUUCCAAGAACUGUCCAAGGAGCUGAACGACAUUGUGACCUUGGUCCGCUCGCCGAAGAUUAGCAACCUUAACCGGAUCACCAUUAAGUCCCUGAUCGUGAUCGAUGUUCACGCCAAGGACGUGUCCGAGGAUCUCAUCAAGAACAAGGUCAGCAGUGAGUUCGACUUCCAGUGGCUGGCCCAGAUGCGAUACUACUGGGAGGACGACAAGACCUGGGUGAGAAUCAUCAACGCCACUGUGCCCUUUGCCAACGAAUAUCUGGGCAACUCGGAUCGCCUGGUGAUCACCCCGCUGACGGACCGCUGCUACCGCACCCUGGUGGGCGCCUAUCAACUGCAUCUCAACGGAGCUCCGGAGGGCCCGGCUGGAACGGGAAAAACUGAGACCACCAAGGAUCUGGCCAAGGCGCUGGCCGUGCAGUGCAAGGUGUUCAACUGCUCCGACGGCCUGGACUACAAGGCGAUGGGCAAGUUCUUCAAGGGAUUGGCUUCGUGCGGUGCCUGGGCGUGCUUCGAUGAGUUCAAUCGAAUCGAGCUGGAGGUGCUCUCCGUGGUGGCGCAACAGAUCCUGCUCAUCAUUCAAGCUGUUCGCAGCAACGCGGCCAAGUUCAUGUUUGAAGGCACGGAGUUGACCCUCAAUCCCGCCUGCUACGUUUGCAUCACCAUGAAUCCCGGCUACGCCGGCCGAUCCGAGUUGCCGGAUAAUUUGAAAGUGCUCUUCCGGUCUGUGGCCAUGAUGGUGCCGGAUUACGCCAUGAUCGGGGAGAUUUCCCUGUACUCCUACGGCUUCGUGGAUGCCCGCAAGCUGGCCGUCAAGAUUGUGACCACCUACCGACUUUGCUCGGAACAGUUGUCUAGCCAGAAUCACUACGACUACGGCAUGCGAGCCGUGAAGACGGUGCUCUCCGCCUGCGGCAACAUUAAGAAGCAGUAUCCGGACGAGGUGGAGGACAUCCUGCUGCUGCGGAGCUUAAUCGACGUAAACCUGCCCAAGUUCCUCUCCUUCGAUGUUCCCCUGUUCGAGGGCAUUAUCUCGGACAUAUUCCCGGGCAUCAAGUUGCCACACAUUGACUACUCCCUGGUGGAAACCGAGUUCAAGCGCGUCUGCCUGGAGGAAGUCCUGGAGCCCGCGCCCAGCUUCCUGCUCAAGGUGAUCCAGACCUACGAAAUGAUCAUCGUGCGGCACGGGUUCAUGCUGGUGGGCGAACCGCUGGCGGGCAAGUCCAAGACGCUGCAGGUCCUCGCCAAGGUCCUGUCUGCGCUGAAGAUCAAGGCGCCGCAGAAGAGCAAUUACUUUCAGCACGUUCAAAUGGGCAUAAUGAACCCGAAGUCCAUUACCAUGAACCAGUUGUACGGCUCCUUCGACCCGAUCUCGUACGAGUGGACCGACGGCCUGGUGGCCAAGAUCUUCCGCGACUUUGCCAUGACGCCCACGCCGGACAGGAAGUGGGUCAUUUUCGAUGGUCCCGUGGACGCCGUUUGGAUUGAGAACAUGAACACGGUGCUGGACGACAACAAAAAGCUGUGCCUGACCAGCGGUGAGGUGAUCACCAUGAGCAACGAGAUGUCGAUGGUGUUCGAGGUUAUGGAUCUGGCGCAGGCCUCGCCAGCCACCGUUUCCCGCUGUGGCAUGAUCUACAUGGAGCCCUCGACGCUCGGGUGGCGCUCCUUCGCCAAAACCUGGCUGAAGAAGGCCGAUCCUCGAUGGGCUGAUGAAGAGGGCGUGCCCUACGUGAUGGCCCUGCUGCAGUGGCUUCUGCCGCCCUGCCAGACCUUCGUCCGGCGGUUCUGCAGCCAGUUUAUCAAGCCCGGGGAGUUCAACUGCAUGCUGACCACCUUCGACCUGUUCGACAUGCAGAUCGCGGAGGCGAUCGAGGAGAACCCGGAGGACUACCAGAAGUACAUCCAGAGCUACUUCCAGGCGGCCAUACUGUUCGCUCUGAUUUGGGGAGUGGGUGGAGUGCUGGACACAGCUUCCCGCGAGAAGUUCGACGCGUUCCUAAAAAAGCUUUGGGACACUGAACCGCCGCCCCCGGAGCCGCUGGGCAAGAUGGAGAUCACUCCGCCCACAGAGGGUCUGCUGGUGGACUACGUGUUCCAGUAUAAGCAGCGUGGAGCCUGGCGAUACUGGCCGGAUCUCGCCAAGCGUAUGGACGUCGAGGAGACCAAGACUGGUGUCAUAGUGCCCACCGUGGACACCGCUCGCUACAUCCACCUGUUGAAGAUGCACGUGGAGCACAAGAAGAGAAUGCUGCUUGUGGGACCAACGGGCACCGGCAAGACGGUCUACGUGCAGAACUACCUGAUGAACAAGCUGGACAAGGAGGUGUUCGAGACGGGAUUCAUCACCUUCACGGUAAUGAUCUCGGCCAACCAGUGCCAAGAUCUUCUCAUAUCCAAGCUGCAGAAGUGGAAGCGAGGCAUCUACGGUCCGCCCAAAGGAAUGCAGAGUGUGCUCUUCGUGGACGACAUGAACAUGCCGGUGAAGGAGGUUUACGGUGCCCAGCCGCCACUGGAGCUGUUGCGCCAGUUCUUCGACUACGGCCAUGUCUACGACCUGAAGGACAGUUCCAAGGUCUACAUCCACAAUGUCCUGAUCAUGGCCGCAUGCGGCCUGCCCGGCGGCAGCCGCCAGGACGUCUACGCCCGUUUCCUGAACCACUUCAACGUGUAUUCCAUCAACACGUUCAGCGACGACAGUAUGUUCCGCAUAUUCCUGAACGUGGCGCUGAAUGGCUUCCGACGCGCUGGCCACGGACAGGAUGUGUUCGUGGUGACCAACCAGAUAGUGAGCGCCACACAGAGCAUCUACAAGAGCGUGCAGUCGGAGAUCAGGGCUACGCCAGCCAAGUCGCACUACAUAUUCAACCUGCGAGACAUGUCACGCGUGGUGACCGGAUGCACCCUGGUGCGCAAGGAGUCGGUGGCAGACAAGAAGAUCUUCGUGCGCGUCUGGUACCACGAGGCGAUGCGCGUCUUCUACGAUCGCCUGGUGGACGACGUGGAUCGCAAGUGGAUGUUCGACAAGCUGAACGAGUGCCUCAAGGCGAAUUUCAAGGACAAGGUGGAGACGGUCUUCGAGAGGUACUGCGUUCAGGGCCCUGACGAACCGGUGUUCACCAUGGAGGCGGCCAGCAACAUUUUGUUCGGCGUCUACUUCGACGAGGACAGCGUUGCGGAUGAGCGGCGCUACGAGGAGGUGCCCAGCGUGGAGGUGUUCCUGAACCUAGCCCUCACCAGCCUGGACGACUACAACUCCACGCGCCGCAACAAGAUGGACAUUACCCUCUUCACCUUUGCUCUGCAGCAUCUGAACCGCAUAUGCCGCAUCAUCUCCAUCCAGGGAGCAAGUGCCCUGAUCAUAGGACUGGGCGGCUCCGGGCGCCAGUCCCUGACCAAGCUGGCCACCAACAUGGUGCAGACUUCGUUCUUCCAGCCGGAAAUCACCAAGAACUACGGGGCCAACGACUGGCACGACGACAUCAAGGCGAUCUUGAAGGAGGCGGGCGGAAUGAACAAGCACACAACGUUCUUGAUAACCGAGAACCAGAUCAAGAUGGAGCUCUUCCUCCAGGACAUUGAUUGCCUGCUGAACCAGGGCGAGGUACCCAACAUCUUUCCAAUCGACGAGAAGCAGGAGGUCCUGGAAAUGGUGCGUCUGGCCGCCCAGGGCGGGAAUCGCAACAUCGACGUGUCCGCGCUGCAGGUCUUCUCCUUCUUCGUGGACCGCUGCAAGCAAAAGCUGCACAUGAUCCUCAGCUUCUCGCCCAUCGGAGAUGCCCUUAGGACACGGGUGCGCCUUUAUCCGUCGCUGGUCAACUGCUGCACCAUCGACUGGUAUGACAGUUGGCCCGAGGAGGCCCUGCAGAUGAUUGCCAAGAUGUCGCUGGUCGAUGUCAAGGUGCCCAGUGAGGACAUAAAGUUGGCCAUCAUGGACACCUGCCAGUACUUCCACACGACGGCUGCGCGCUCCACGCGCGCCUUCUGCCAAAUGACGGGUCGCCACAUCUACCAGACGAACGCCUCCUUCAUCGAGCUGAUCCGCUCCUUCCAGACGCUCAUCGAGCGCAAGCAAAGUGAGACCAUGCUGGCCAAGAUGCGCUACAUUGGGGGCCUGGAUACACUGGCCCAGGCAGCCGCCGCCAUCUCCAUCAUGCAGAGGGAUCUUAAUGCGCUGCAACCCAAGCUGGUGGCCCUGGCCGAAUCAUCCCGGAAGAUGAUGCUGGAGAUCAACAAGGAGACGCUCGCCGCCAGCGCCGCCGCCGAGCAGGUGAAGCGUGACGAGGAAGUGGCAUCCGUGCAGGCCGAGGCUGCGCAGGUGCUGAAGCAGGACUGUGAACGGGACUUGGCCAAGGCCAUUCCCGUCCUGGAAGAUGCCCUGGCUGCACUGAACACCCUUAAGCCGGCGGACAUUACACUGGUCAAGUCGAUGAAGAAUCCACCGCCCGUGAUAAAGCUGGUUAUGGCUGCUGUCUGUGUGAUCAAGGGCAUUCCGCCCGAGCGCAUCCCGGAUCCAGCCUCUGGGAAAAUGGUCCAAGACUACUGGGGACCGAGCAAGCGUCUUCUGGGAGAGAUGAACUUCCUGCCGGGCCUCAAGGAGUUCGACAAGGACAAUAUUCCGACAGAGAUCGUUAAGCGUAUCCGCAAGGAGUUCAUACCCAACAAGGACUUCGAUCCUAAGGUGGUGGCCAAGGCCUCCAGUGCUGCCAAGGGUCUGUGCCAGUGGAUCAUUGCUAUGAUGAUGUACGACGAGGUGGCCAAGGUGGUGGCGCCCAAAAAGGCCAAGCUGGCCGGAGCCGAAAAGGAGUACGCCGACACCAUGGAGUUUCUGGCCCAAAAGCGGGCCUUGGCAUUGGCUCUGGAGGAAAAGGUGGCCCUGCUGAACAUCGAACUGGACAAGGCCAACGCUGAGAUGCAAAAGACAGAGGAACACGCCGAGAACUGUCGCAACAAGCUGCUCCGGGCGGAGGCUCUCAUCGGUGGACUGGGUGGGGAGAAGUCCCGGUGGAACAAGGCUGCGGAGGAUCUGCAGGAGCUGUACGACCACCUGCCUGGCGAUGUGCUCAUAUCCUGCGGGAUUAUUGCCUACCUCUCCGCAGUGAAUCUGCAGUACCGCUCCGAAUGCGUAAGGGAUUGGUUCAAGAAGGUCACGGACCUAAAGAUUCCCUGCUCCUCCCAUUACUCGAUCACGGAUGUGCUCGGCUUGGAGGUGACCAUCCAGAACUGGCAGCUGGACGGCCUGCCCAACGACGAGUUUUCCAGCGAGAAUGCCAUCAUCUCGGCCAACUCCAGCCGAUACAGCUUGUUCAUCGAUCCGCAGGCGCAGGCCAACAACUGGCUGAAGAACAUGGAGCGCAAGAACCGGCUGAACUGCGUCAAGUUCAACCAGAGCAACUACAUGCGGGUGAUAGCAGAGGCCCUGGAGUACGGAACACCCGUGAUAAUAGAGAACGUGCAGGAGGAGCUGGAGGUGCCGCUCGAUCCCAUCCUGAUGCGGCAGACCUUCGUGCAGGGCGGAGUCAAGCACAUUAGCCUGGGCGAGUCUGUGGUGCCGGUUAACCCCAACUUCCGCCUGUACAUGACCUGCAAUCUGCGCAAUCCGCACUUUCUACCGGAGACCUUCAACAAGGUGACCGUCAUCAAUUUUGCCCUCACCCAGAAUGCCCUGAUGGAUCAGCUGCUCAGCAUUGUGGUGGCCAAGGAGCGGCCGGACCUGCAGGAGCUGCGCAUCACGCUCACUACGGAGGCGGCGGCCAAUAAAGGAGCUCUGCGGGAUGCGGAGAACAUGAUUUUGAAGACGCUCAGCGCAGGCGGUGACAUCUUGGAGAACGAGGCAGCCAUCCAAAUCCUGGCGGACUCCAAGGGGCUGUCCAAGGACAUCGUCGAGAAGCAGGAGGCAGCCAAGGAGACUGUGGCCAAGAUCGAGGCCUUCCGGCUGAACUACAAGCCCGUGGCAGUGCACUCGUCCAUACUCUACUACUCCAUCACAGAUCUGCCGAACAUCGAUCCCAUGUACCAGUUCUCACUCAACUGGUACAUUAAUCUGUACAUGUACUCCAUUGAGACGGCCAACAAGUCCAAGGAUCUGCCGCGGCGCAUUAAGUUUCUGGUGGACGGCUUCACCCGGAAUCUGUACAACAACGUGUGCCGGUCCAUUUUCGAGAAGGACAAGCUGCUCUACUCAUUUAUUCUUACUGCUCGCAUCCUGCUGGGCACGGGCCAGGUGGAAAUGCGCCACUUUGCCCACCUAGUGACCAAUGCCAAGGAGUCGCUGAACAUACCACCGAACCCGGACCCCAGCUGGAUUACGGAGACCGUGUGGCUGAAUGUGCUCCGUCUGGAGGAGCUCAAGGAGCUACGUGGCAUCGUGGAACACUUCAGGAGCCAUCUGCAUGCCUGGCAGGCAAUCUACGACCACUCCUCCCCGGAGAAGCAGCCAUUGCCUCCGCCUUGGCAAGAUAAGACCACCGCCUUCGAGAAGAUCAUUGUGCUGAAGGCCCUGCGGCCCGACUCGGUUUUCCUGGCCGUGCGCAUCUUCAUUGCCGAGUGCAUCGGCGAUCAGUAUGUGACCCCGCCGGAGUUCGACAUUUCCAAGUCGUAUGCUGACUCCACUGCUCUGACGCCGCUGGUGUUCAUCCUCUCUCCCGGAGCGGACCCACUCGGCUCCCUGCUGGCCUUCGCCGAGAAGAUGGGCCAGGAGGAGAGCUUCCAGAGCAUCUCGCUAGGCCAGGGCCAGGGUCCGAUAGCCACGGCUCUGAUCAAGAAUGCCCAGGAAAUGGGCUACUGGGUGUGCCUGCAGAACUGCCACUUGGCCGCCUCCUGGAUGCCCUACCUGGAAUACCUCUGGGAGAACAUGGACACCUUUAACACCACGCCCAACUUCCGCAUUUGGCUAACCGCCUAUCCCACGCCCCAGUUCCCGGUGACCAUUCUGCAGAACGGCGUCAAAAUGACCAACGAACCGCCGACCGGACUCAAGGAGAAUCUGAUGCGCUCCUACAACUCGGAGCCCAUCAACGACUACGAGUUCUACACGGGCUGUGCCAAACAGGACCGCGCCUUCACCCGGCUGCUCUACGGCAUUUGCUUCUUCCAUGCUGUUGUGCAGGAGCGCCGCAAGUACGGCCCACUGGGCUGGAACAUAGCCUACGGAUUCAACGAGUCCGAUCUGCAGAUCUCGGUGCUGCAGCUGAGCAUGCUGCUCAACCAAUAUGAUCACGUGCCGUACGACGCCAUCUCCUAUUUGACCAGCGAGUGCAACUACGGCGGAAGGGUCACGGACAACUGGGAUCGCCGGCUGAUCGUGACGAUCCUUGCGGACUUUUGCAACGCCCAGGCCGUAUCCGACAAUCGCUAUAGGUUUGCCAGCGACGAUCGCUACAUCCUGCCACGGAAGACGGAGCACCGCGAGAUCCUGCGGUAUCUGGACGAGAACCUCCCUUCGCUCGCGCCGCCCGAGGUCUACGGCCUGCACGCCAACUCCGGCAUUACACGGGAUCUGCAGACGACCAAGACGCUGCUGGACUCGAUGAUCCUUUUAUUGGGCAGCGAGGCUGCGGGAUCCGCCGGCGCAGGGGUUAGUGUGGAGCAGGUAAUCCUGGAAACAAUCAAGCAAAUCGAGCGCGAAAUGCCACCGGAUAUGGAUAUCGAGGGGGCGGCGGAAAAGUACCCAGUGGACUACAACGAGUCCAUGAACACAGUGGUGGUGCAGGAGAUGGAACGGUUUCUCAAGUUACAGAAGGAGAUCCGCAGCACCUGUCGCGAUCUGGCUAUGGGUAUUAAGGGCAUCAUCGUGAUGACACCCGACCUGGAGAACGUGAUGACAGCUAUGAAGUUCAACCGCAUCCCGACCAAGUGGAUGUCCAAGUCGUACCCCUGCCUGAAGCCACUUGGCUCCUACGUCCAGGAUCUGUACAAGCGCCUCAACUGGCUCCACGACUGGCAUCAUAACGGCAAGCCCCCAACCUUCUGGCUGUCUGGAUUCUUCUUCACGCAGGCCUUCCUCACGGGCGCCAUGCAGAACUUUGCCCGAAAGUACAAGAUCCCCAUCGACACGCUGACCUUUGACUACGACGUGCUCAAGGUGGAGACAAAGGCUUCGCCUCCGGACGACGGCGUGUACUGCAACGGAUUGUACCUGGAGGGCGCCCGCUGGGAUUGGCGCGAGAACACGCUAGUCGAACAGUUUCCCAAGGUGCUCAUCUAUGCCAUGCCCGUUAUCUUCUUCCGACCCGUCGGCCUCGUAGAUGUGGUCGAGGGCUCCCGCUACCGCUGCCCGCUUUAUAAGACCGCCGAGCGCAAGGGAACGCUGUCCACGACAGGUCACUCCACAAACUACGUGGUACCGCUCCUGUUGAACACCCAUGUCAAGGCAUCCCACUGGGUCAAGCGAAGCGUGGCCCUCAUCUGCCAGACCAACGACUGAGCUCCAUUGGGCGUCCUUUUAUUGUUAGGCAUCAUUGAUUCAUUCAUAAUAAUUAUCAUAUCAUUAAAUCAU